CUUGUACAUUCCCGAUAAUUAUUCAAAAUGGCCGACGAUGGACUGAACAUCUACGACGAGAUCGAGAUAGAGGACAUGACCUUCGACCCGAAUAUCCAGAUCUACACAUAUCCCUGCCCAUGUGGCGACCGCUUCGAGAUCGCAAUCGACGAUUUGCGCGACGGCGAAGAAAUCGCCGUGUGUCCGAGUUGCAGUCUGAUGAUUCGGGUUAUCUUCGACCUGGCCGAUCUUCCUAAGGCCGAUACGCAGAGUACGAGCGGGGUGGCUGUUCAGGCUUAA